GCGGCGGGCGCGGCGAGCGUGGCCGUGCGGGCGAGAAGAUGGCGGCGGCGGGGGCAGCGGCGUGAGCAGCCCGGCCGGCCGCGCUCCCGAGACGGGCCGCCAUGGCCCUCCGCGAGCCGCAGUACAUUUUUGGAGAUUUUAGCCCCGAUGAAUUCAAUCAGUUCUUUGUGACUCCUCGUUCUUCAGUCGAGCUGCCGCCGUUCGAUGGGGUGGCCCUGGAUGGCCCGCCGGCCACGGAGGACCCGCCCGAGGGCCCAGAGAGCCCCGAGUACCAGAGGCCCCAGCCCGGCCACGAGGUGCCGGAGCGCAGCGCCACAGGGCCCGCGCCCAGCUGCGGCAUCUGCAGCACGUUGAACCCUCAGGCCCCCGAGUUCAUCCUGAGCUGCGCGACUUCCAGGACCAGCGCUGAGGACGGAGACAAAGACGUGACCUCCAACCCCGUGGACGGCCAGGACCCCGACACGGGCCUGGCCCUGGACAGCCCCGGCGGUGCAGAGGACGAGGGUCCGGAGGGUGGGCUGGGGCAGAGGGAGCGGAAGAGGAAGAAGAAACGGCCCCCCGGCUACUACAGCUACUUGGACGGCGACCAGGACGCCGCCUCCCCCGGGGCCCUGGUCAACGGCCACACCGGCCCUGACGAUGCCGAGAUGGCCGUGGCAGGGGACUCGACCCCGUCCCCGUCCCCGAGGACUUGCAGGAGCCCUCAGGAGCCCGCGGACUGGCGCGGCGGUGCCGGGGGUCCCGGCGGGUCUUUCCCCGGCGCCCUGGAGGGCAGGACUGCGGGGCAGCUUGAGCGCCUCCCCGGGGCCGCCCCGGAGCUGACCUGCCUCCCCGCGGGCGGCGUGCCCAGGACCGCGGGGGCCGACACUACUGAAAAGCUCGCCGUCGUGAACGGACAGAUACUUGAAUCCUCAGGCGAGGCCUUGGCCGCCAACGGCCUGGCCUUCCACACAGCCGAGAGCACGGACUCGGAGCCCGCGCCCGCCCGCGGCCCCUCUGCUGCCGACGGUCAGGGCAGUGUGCCCGGCGGCCAGCCCAAGUCGUGGGCCAGUCUCUUCCACGGCGCUGUGCCCUCGGCCCUGCCCGUGCCCACCCCGGACCUCAAGUACUCCCCUCCCGCCGUGCCCGCCGAGAAGCAGGUGGACGCCAAGGAGGGGCUGGUUCCCGUCUCCGAGGACCCUGUCGCCCUGGAGAUGGCAGAGCUGCUGGAGAACGUGACCCUGGUGCACAAGCCCGUGUCGCUGCAGCCGCGCGGGCUCAUCAACAAGGGGAACUGGUGCUACAUCAACGCCACCCUGCAGGCCCUGGUCGCCUGCCCGCCCAUGUACCACCUGAUGAAGGUCAUCCCCCUCUACUCCAAGGUCCAGCGGCCCUGCACGUCCACGCCCAUGAUCGACAGCUUUGUCCGGCUGAUGAACGAGUUCACGAACAUGCCGGUGCCCCCAAAGCCCAGGCAAGCUCUCGGGGACAGAACCCUGCGGGAGAUCCGGCCCGGAGCCGCCUUCGAGCCCACCUACAUCUACCGCCUCCUCACCGUCAUCAAGUCCAGCCUGUCGGAAAAGGGACGGCAGGAAGACGCCGAGGAGUACCUGGGCUUCAUCCUGAACGGGCUCCACGAGGAGAUGUUGGCCCUGAAGAAGCUGCUCACGCCCGACAGCGAAAAAGCUGCUGUGUCCAAUGGGCCCGGAAGGCGCUCGGCGGCCGAGGAGCCGGAGGAGCAGGGCAGCGAGGGGAGUGAGGACGAGUGGGAGCAAGUGGGCCCUCGCAACAGGACGGCCGUCACGCGCCAGGCGGACUUCGUGCAGACCCCGAUCACCGGCAUUUUCGGGGGACACAUCAGGUCGGUGGUGUCCCAGCAGAGCUCCAAGGACUCGGCCACGCUGCAGCCCUUCUUCACCCUGCAGCUGGACAUCCAGUCCGACAGGAUCCACACGGUGCAGGACGCGCUGGAGAGCCUGGCGGCGCGGGAGGCCGUGCAGGGCUACACCACCAAGACCCGGCAGGAGGUGGAGGUGAGCCGCCGGGUGACCCUGGAGAAGCUGCCGCCCGUGCUGGUGCUGCACCUGAAGCGCUUCGUGUACGAGAAGAGCGGCGGCUGCCAGAAGCUCGUCAAGAACAUCGACUACCCCGUGGACCUGGAGAUCAGCAGGGAACUGCUUUCUCCGGGAGUCAAAAACAAGAACCUCAAAUGCCACCGAACCUACCGGCUCUUUGCAGUGGUCUACCACCACGGCAGCAGCGCCACCGGGGGCCACUACACCACCGACGUCUUCCAGAUCGGCCUCAGCGGCUGGCUGCGCAUCGACGACCAGACGGUGCGCGUGGUGAGCCAGUACCAGGUGGUGAAGCCGGCGGCCGGCCGCACAGCCUACCUCCUGUACUACCGCCGCGCCGACCUGCUGUAGCCCGCGGCGCUUCCGGUCCAGGGCACUUGGUCAGACAGACUCGCCUGAGGGGAGAGGAGGCGCCGAGUCCCCGGCGGAUGGUGGUUCCGCGUCCCGAGGGAGCUCGCCGCGGGCCCGGCCCGUCGCUCCAAGGAUACCCUGCACCAGCAACACUUGUAAAUUUGUGAAAAUGAAUUUUAUCUUUCCUGGGAAAUAAAUUUUUUAACCCGUCACUCUUUCCCCCCUGCCCUGUAGCUUUUGAUAAAUGAUUUUAAAACAUUGAGCCACUUGCCAGAGAAGAAGCAGUUCUUCAGAAGGAAACUGCAGCAGUCGCUGGUCCCUGCCGAGAGCCACGUGUUGGUGGCCGCACCGGGAGACCGCCUCCGGCCACGCUGCGACCAGACCCCCGGAGUCGGGGCUCGUCCCAUAGACGGUGAUUGGAACGUCGUUACAUUAAAA